AUGUCACCUGCAAAUAACCCGGGCGUUCGAAAAAAGCAAACCACCACGACCAAAAUCCACACCAACACCAGGUCCUCUCCAUACACAAAAGUCCUUCAAAAUGAGCCUGGAAGCUUGGCUCCCGCAGCCCACCUUGUUCCUCACUGGCCUCAGCUUGCUCCUCUCGCUGGCACCCACAGGAUUGGGCAUGGAGGUCAUGGCUCCCGCCACCAUCAACGCCUUGAAUGGCUCCUCCGUGAAGCUCUCCUGCACCUUCAACUCCUGCUACAAGGUGGAGAACAAGCAGUUCUCCCUCAACUGGACGUACCAGGAGUGCAGGAACUGCUCUGAGGAGCUGUUCCUGCAGUUCCGGAUGAAGAUCAUGAAUAAGCAGCUGGACCGCUUUGGGAACCGGGUGGAGUUCACCGGGAACCCCACCAAGUACGAUGUGUCCUUCACCCUCAAAAAUGUGCAGCUGGAGGAUGAGGGCACCUACAAUUGCUACGUCCUGAACCCCCCGGACCGGCAGCGGGGCCACGCCAGCAUCAGCCUGAAGGUGCUCACCAAAGAGCCCCCAAAGCACGACUCGACAGUGGCUGUCAUCGUGGGCGCCUCUGUAGGUGGCUUCUUGGCCGUGGUGAUCCUGGUGCUGAUGGUGGUGAAGUGCGUGCGCCGGAAAAAGCAGCAGAGGCUGAACACGGACGACCAGAAGACGGAGGAGGAAGGGAAGACAGACGGCGAAGGCAACCCGGACGAGGGCACCAAGUAA